AUGGCCCACCUGCGCUCCUGCGAGGUCCGCCAGCUGCUGCACAACAAGUUCGUGGUGGUGAUGGGCGACGCGGCGCAGCGGGCGGUGUACAAGGACCUGGUCCUGCUGCUGCAGCGGGACGCGCUGCUGUCGGCCGGGCAGCUGCAGGCCGAGGGCGAGCCCAGCUUCGAGGGCGACGCGCUGCUGGAGGGCGGCGGCGGCGGCGCGCCGGGCGGCGAGGUGCGCCAGUUCCGGGCGCCGCACCACCUGCUGCGCCUCUACUGCCUGGCGCGCGCCGGGCCGCCCCGCGCGGCCGCCGUGCUCCGCGAGCUGCGCGCCGGGCCGCACGCGCCCGACCUGCUGCUGCUCAGCUCGCGGCCCUGGCGCGCGGCGCGCCGCCUGCCCGCCUUCCGCCGCCGCCUGCGCGGCCUGUUCGCGCUGCUGCGCCGCCUGCCGGCCGCCUGCCUGCGCGUGUGGCACACGGCGCUGCCCGCGGCCCGCGGCCCCCCGCGCCCCGACCUGCGCCAGGCCGACGCGUGCGGCGCCUCCGAGGCCGCGCGCCACGGCCUGGACGUGCUGGACCUGCACUUCCACUUCCGCCGCCUCGGCCGCCGCCGCCUGCCCGGCGGCCGCUGGGACGCGCGCGCGCACCGCCGCCUCUCGCAGCUGCUGCUGGCGCACGUGGCCGACGCGUGGGGCGUGGACCUGCCGCGCCGCGGGCCCCGCCAGGCCGAGGCCGAGGCCGAGGGCCACGAGGCCCACGAGGGCCCGGACGCAGGGCGGCUGCACCGGCAGCACCACCACCACCAGCACCAGCACCGGCAUGAGCAGCACCAGCACCGCCAGCACCAGCAUCACCACCACCACCACCAGCAGCACCACCAGCAUCACCACCACCACCACCAGCAACAUCACCACCACCACCAGCAGCAGCAGCAGCAGCACCAUCACCACCAGCAUCACCAUCACCAGCAGCACCGGCAUCAUCAACACCAUCACUGCCAGCACCGCCAGCAUCACCAUCAGCAGCAGCAUCAGCACCACCAGCACCAUCACCAGCCUGACCACCAGCACCACCAGUACCAGCAUCACCAGCACCAUCACCAGCCCGACCACCAGCACCACCACCAGCACCACCAGUACCAGCAUCACCAUCACCAGCACCAUCACCAGCCCGACCACCAGCACCACCACCAGCCCCACCACCAGUACCAGCAUCACCAGCACCAUCACCAGCCCAACCACCAGCACCACCAGUACCAGCAUCACCAGCACCACCACCAGCCCCACCACCAGCACUACCAGUACCAGCAUCACCAGCACCAUCACCGCCAUCACCAGCAGCAUCGCCCCCGGGAGCGCAGGGCGGACUGGCAGGCCGCCUUCGCCAGGGCCCCCUUCGUGCGCCCCCCGCGCCCGCUGCUCCCGGCCCCGCGGCCCUGGCAGCCCCGCCGCGGCCUCCCCGAGCUCCGGGUGGAGUCCACCUUCCAGCCCCGCUCCUCCUCCGGGCGCGGCCUGGAGCACCGCCUGGGGCCGGUCCGCAGGGUGUCCCUCCAGCCCCCGCGCAGGGGGGGCCCGCCAUACCCGCCCCGGCGCCCGGGCAGGGAGAGCUAG